AUGCAGGGCAGUGGGCCUCCAGGAAUAACGUUAAGAACCACUGCCCUAAUGGAACCAAAAGACUUUAAAUUGUAUAGGCACAUAUAUUUUACAUGUUUUCUUGUUCUCUAUGUCCUGAUAUUGUUUCUAAACAUUUGGCUCAGUGUUGUUAUUGUUUUGAAGAGAGCUCUUCAUGAACCAAUGUAUAUUUUUCUGUGCAAUCUGUGUAUAAAUGACCUUUUUGGAGCCACAGGUUUCUAUCCAAAAUUCCUGCAUGAUUUAUUAAUGGAUUCAUAUGUGAUCCCUUCUUACAUGUGUGCUUUUCAAGCUUUUGUGAUUUACAGCUAUGUAAUGUGUGAGUAUUGCACAUUGGCAGUGAUGGCUUAUGACAGAAAUGUGGCCAUAUGCAGACCAUUAGACUAUCAUUCAAAGCUAAACAAAUAUUCAUGUUGUCUAUUACUUGGUUUAUCGUGGAUUGUACCAUUUUGUUUAAUGUUCAUUGCAGUUCUCUGGUCAAAUAGGUUAACAGUGUGUAAAAAUCAUAUUGAUAAAUUGUAUUGUGACAACUGGUCAAUGGUAAAGCUCACAUGUGAAUCAACUGUUACUAAAAACAUUUGUGGAUUUCUUGUUCUUUCGUUAUAUAUGGGUGUUGUUGUUGUAAUUAUAGUUUCGUAUAUAACACUUAUUGGGGUAUGUAAAGCAUCUUUAGAGUGCAGAAGGAAAUUUUGGCAGACCUGUGUGCCUCAUGUUCUGUCUCUGAUCAAUUUCACUGUUGCAAUACUUUUUGAUACCAUCUACACCAGAUAUGGUUCAAAUGACGUCCAUGUGAGUCUGCGUAAUUUUUUGGCUUUGGAGAUGUUCAUAGUGCCACCUCUUUUUAAUCCUGUAAUAUAUGGUUUAAAACUUAAAGAGAUUCGCAAAAAAGUCUUAAAAUCAUGUACAGCAGGAAUCGUAUAA